AUGGCCAGCCAAUGGUUUUCCAUUGACCUUCAGCAGGAAGUGAGCUGCCCCAUCUGCCUGGACAUUCUGCAGGACCCUGUCACCAUCGACUGUGGGCACAACUUCUGCCAUGGUUGCAUUACUCAGCUUAAGAAAACUUCUGAAAAUUUCUUCCAAUGUCCCAUCUGCAAAAGUUCAUUGAAAAAGGACACAUUCUCACCCAAUUGGCUGUUGGGGAAUCUGGUGGAGAGAAUCCAAGCUAUAAACUUCUCUGAGAGGUGGUCAGAAGAGGAGGAACUGAGGUGUCCAAAGCACGGGGAGAAGCUGCACUACUUCUGUGAGGAGGAUGGCGAACUCCUCUGUGUGGUGUGUCAUGACUCCAAGGACCACAAAUCCCAUAACAUGAGUGUGAUAGAAGAAGCUGCCCAGCAUCACCAGGAGCGGAUCCAAUUACAUGUGGGGAUCUUGCAGCAAAAGAAGCAGGUAUACUCAAAUGAUCAAGAUGAAGAGAAGAUCUCCACCUUCAUGGCCCAGGUGAAGUUUGAGAAGCAACGGAUCCAGUCAGAAUUCAAGCACCUGCAGCAGAUACUGGAGGAGGAGGAGAGCUACCUCCUGUCCAGCAUGGAGUGUCUGGAAAAAGAAGGUAUCAAGGAAUGUGAACAGUACGAUGCUGCCGUCCAGGCACAGUUCAGCUCAUUCAAGGAUUCCCUGAAGUCCAAGCAGCAGAUGCCACCCAGACAGCUGCUGCAGGACAUCAAAGGGACCUUGCACAGGAAUGGAGAGGUUCAGUUUCAGUUUCACAGCACAACCCCAAUUCCUCUGGACCUGCAGAAACAACUGAAUAAAGCAAAGUCAAGACAUGACUGCAUCAUCAGGAGCCUGAGGAAAUGUGGAGAUCAACUCCACGCUGACAGGAAAAAAUACCAAGCCAAGUUCCUCCAAGACAUGAGGACAACCCGCAGGCAGAGUGCCCCUGUGACCUUCGAUGGGGACUCGGCCCACCCUGCCCUCAGCCUUUCCCGGGAUCUGAAAACGGUGAUAGCGGACAUGAUCCCUCAGGACUGCAUCGAGGAUCCGGGGGAGCCACAGCGCUUCUUCCCGUCCCGUUGCGUGCUGGGCUCGCCAGGCUUCUCCACCGGCCGCCACACCUGGGAGGUGGAACGCAGUGGGCCCAGGGGUGGACCCUGCGUGCUGGGCGUGGCGUGGGAGCAGGCCCCUCGGCAGGGCAGCCUGACCCUGGAGCCUGCCAGCGGCUUCUGGGUGCUGCGCUUCGCCAGAUUCAAGUGCCAGGCGCUCACUGGGAGCAACACGUGGGAGGACCUCCCGGUCUGUCCCAGGAGAGUGGGAGUCUGCGUGGAUCUCCAGGAAAAGGAAGUCAGCUUCUACGACCCUGAUACCAACAACCACAUCUACACUUUCCAGGCCUCCUUCCCGGGGAAGAUCUUCCCUUUCUUUAGGCUGCUGUUCUCAGGCACCCAGCUCACCCUGAACCCCUAG